GGUUCAGUCAUUUGCUUUUCCCUCGCCCCCCAAAAACCAAAACGGCAAAACCCUAGCAGUGCUUUUUCGUCUCUCCACUCUCCUCAAACAGCCCAGACGUAGCCGCCAUUUUUGGUUUCAGUUCAUUGUAAAAUCUGCUGCAGCUUGGAUUUGGAAGGAUGGUGAGGGUCAGCGUUUUGAAUGAUGCACUCAAGAGCAUGUACAAUGCAGAGAAAAGGGGCAAACGGCAGGUCAUGAUCAGGCCUUCCUCAAAAGUGAUCAUCAAGUUCCUUUUGGUCAUGCAGAAGCAUGGUUACAUCGGAGAGUUUGAGUAUGUUGACGAUCACAGAGCUGGCAAAAUUGUGGUUGAACUGAACGGGAGGCUGAACAAGUGUGGGGUGAUUAGUCCUCGUUUUGAUGUUGGAGUCAAAGAGAUUGAGGGUUGGACUGCUAGGCUACUUCCUUCGAGACAGUUUGGAUAUAUUGUGCUGACCACAUCUGCUGGCAUCAUGGACCAUGAAGAAGCUAGAAGAAAGAAUGUCGGUGGAAAAGUACUUGGUUUCUUCUAUUGACACAAAUUGUUGAGAUUUUCAUUCUUGAUUUCUCUUCAUUUAGAACUUGGUAGUUUUCCUCCAUCAGUGUUGGUACAAUUCUAUUUUUGUAGAUUGGGGGGAUUAUCCAUAUGUUUUGGUUAUGAUGUUUGAGAUCAUGAAUUGUUGGUUUUCCAUUGGACAUAGUUUGUUUGCCUUUGUCAUCAGACAGUUGAAGUAGUUUUUCAAUUUGGAAGUUUCUGCUGAUUAAAUUUUUAUUC